AUGAAUGUAAAAAAAAAAAAUCUUUCUUGUAAUAUUUCUACCAGUUCUCGGAUUAUGUCUCUGCUGUCACAGCUGGAAAAGAUCAAUUUGGACUCCAGAUUAGGAGAAGCAGACAAUGCCAGAUAUGUUACCUCAAAGAUCCUUCAUCUGGUUCAGAGUCAAGAAAAAACCAGGAAGGAGAUGACUUCUAAGGGCUCCACUGGAAUAGAAGUUAUCCUGUCAACCCUAGAGAAUACAAAAGAUCCUCAAACUAUUCUAAAUAUAUUGAACAUACUCGUUGAGGUAGUCUCAGUUGGUGGUGGUCGGAGAGCAAGUGUCUUAGUCACUAAAGGAGGAACACAGAUCUUGUUGCAGCUGCUUUUGACUGCCAGCAAAGACUCUCCACCAAAUGAAGAAUUAAUGGUGCUCCUUCAUACUCUUCUUGCAAAAAUUGGCCCAAAAGACAAAAAGAUUGGCAUGAAAGCAAGAAUUAAUGGUGCCCUAAACAUAUCACUGAAUUUAGUGAAGCAGAAUUUGCAGAACUACAGGCUAAUAUUGCCAUGUCUUCAAGUAUUAAGAGUUUACUCAACCAACUCUGUAAAUGCAGUGUCCUUGGGAAAGAAUGGAGUAGUAGAACUGAUGUUUAAGAUCAUUGGCCCUUUUAGUAAAAAGAACACAAGCCUUAUGAAGGUUGCUUUAGACACGCUUGCUGCACUGCUAAAAUCAAAAACAAAUGCCAGGAGAGCAGUAGACAGAGGAUACGUGCAGGUGCUUUUAACGAUUUAUGUUGAUUGGCACCGUCAUGAUAGUCGACACAGAUACAUGCUGAUACGUAAAGGAGUUUUACAGUGCAUUAAAAGUGUUACAAACAUCAAAUUGGGAAGAAAAGCAUUCAUUGAUGCCAAUGGGAUGAAAAUCCUUUACAACACUUCACAAGAGUGCCUUGCAGUAAGAACUCUUGAUCCCCUUGUCAACACGUCCAGCCUAAUAAUGAGAAAAUGUUUUCCUAAAAAUCGUCUUCCUUUACCAACUAUUAAAAGUGCUUUCCAUUUCCAACUGCCAGUUAUUCCUGCCAGUGGUCCUGUGGCUCAGCUGUACAAUUUGCCUCCUGAUGUGGAUGAUGUAGUAGAUGAAAGCGAUGAUAACGAUGAUGCUGAAACAGAAUCAGAAAUUGAAACCGAAAAUGAUGAUGACAAGGACCAACAUUUUAAGAAUGAUGAUAUUGAGACUGAUAUUAAUAAACUGAAACCUAGACAGGAAUUGGGAAGACCCAUAGAAGAACUGAAAAUGUAUGAGCAAUUUUUCCCAGAACUUUCAGAAAACUUUCAGGAAUGUGACUUAGUUUCCAAGGAACCAAAGCCUUUUGUACCUGAUGCAAAUCUGGGUGGACCUAUUGUUGUUCCUACAGCAGGAGAGGACCUCUCUGUGGAAGCAAAACAGUCCACAAAAGGAGUUGCUUUGAAGGAGGGCAGUCCUUUAUUGACAGAGGAAUACAACAGAAGGCCAGCCUUUCUGGAACUACCAAAGAAAGACAGUGUCAAAGACAGUAGUUUAUAUCAGCAAAAUGAUCAAAGAAACCUGCUUCCAUCGUGCCAGUGUCUGAGCCAAGAAAUUGUGAAAGGCUUGGACAGAAUCAGUCUGCAGAAUAGUCCAAAAAAUGAUCAGUAUUAUGGUGCAGGAUGUGUAAUGAAGAAGGAAAGCAAAAGUAGCCUUACCACACUUGCUUGUAAUAAACCUUGUGAACAUGUUUCACCCUGUGGAAGUAGCCUUUUUGAAGGAUCAUCUGUCCAGCUGGGAAAACUCUGCUGCACUGGAGUAGAUUCAGAGGAAGAGGAUUCUAGAUCUAGCUCAUCAGGAGAACAAGUUGUACUUGAGGUUUCUGACGUAUCACCAGUUCAUGACUGUGAUCUUUAUAUUGAAAUGGUAAAAACCACUAAAUCUAUUCCUGAAUAUUCAGAAGUGGCCUAUCCAGAUUAUUUUGGCCAUAUUCCACCCCCAUUUAAGGAGCCUAUUCUGGAAAGGCCAUAUGGCGUGCAGAGGACAAAAAUCUCUCAGGAUAUUGAAAGACUGAUUCAUCAGAAUGACAUUAUAGACAGAGUAGUGUAUGACCUUGAUAAUGUGAGUUGUUCUGUACCAGAGGAACCAGAUGUUUUGAAGUUUAAUUCCAAAUUUGAAUCUGGAAACCUGCGCAAAGCUAUUCAGAUCAGAAAAAACGAGUAUGAUCUAAUUCUGAACUCGGAUAUAAAUAGCAAUCAUUAUCAUCAAUGGUUUUACUUUGAAGUCAGUGGAAUGAAAACUGGUAUUGGUUACCGAUUUAACAUCAUCAACUGUGAAAAGUCAAACAGUCAAUUUAACUAUGGUAUGCAGCCCCUCAUGUAUUCUGUUCAAGAAGCAUUACAUUCUCAACCAUGUUGGACUCGUGUAGGAACAGAUAUUUGUUACUAUAAGAAUCACUUUUCAAGAAGUUCCAUUGCUGCUGGAGGUCAGAAAGGAAAAUCCUAUUACACAAUUACAUUCACAGUGACUUUCCAACAUAAAGAUGAUGUCUGCUACUUUGCUUACCAUUAUCCAUACACAUACUCAACUUUAAAGAUGCAUCUUCAGAAGCUGGAAUCUAUGCACAACCCUCAACAGAUAUAUUUUCGACAAGACGUUCUCUGUGAGACCCUGGCUGGCAACAGUUGUCCCUUAGUCACUAUUACAGCCAUGCCAGAGUCCAAUUACUAUGAACAUAUCUGUCAGUUCAGGAAUCGUCCCUAUGUUAUCCUAUCUGCUCGUGUACAUCCCGGAGAGACUAACGCAAGCUGGGUUAUGAAGGGAACCCUGGAAUACCUUAUGAGCAAUAAUCCAAGUGCCCAAUGUUUACGAGAAUCUUAUAUUUUCAAAAUUAUUCCCAUGCUCAAUCCAGAUGGUGUCAUCAAUGGAAA